UUGACAUUAUCUGUUAACCCUUACAUCGACAAUUGUUUUAGUAUUUUUAUACUUUGAAUUGUACUUCUUGUACCGCUUAGUAGAUAGUAAAUGCACCCUCGCUUAAAAAUUAUAGAAAAAUAAACAAUAGAGUUAUGUUUCUGACAAAAAUAAUAUUUCUCUGUUAAUGACACUAUUUAAUACAUUCACGCAUUAAAUACAUGAAGUCAGCAAUGGCUUAUCAAACAUUUCGACAAGAGUAUUUACAUAUGCCCGUUGUCACACGAGCGUAUACGACAGCAUGUAUUGUCACCACACUUGCUGUACAACUAGAUUUGAUAUCGCCUUUUCAACUUUAUUUCAAUCCAAUUUUGAUAACAAAACAAUUUCAGUUAUGGCGUUUGAUCACAACAUUUUUGUUUUUUGGAACAAUUGGAUUCAAUUUUUUCUUUAACAUAAUAUUCACAUAUAGAUAUUGCCGUAUGCUAGAAGAAGGAUCGUUCCGUGGAAAAACAGCUGAUUUUGUAAUGAUGUUUAUAUUUGGUGGUAUAUGUAUGGUUGUAUUUGCUUUUUUUGUUAACUUACUAUUUCUUGGACAUGCUUUUACUAUUAUGUUGGUGUACGUGUGGUCUAGAAGAAAUCCUUUAAUUAGAAUGAAUUUUUUUGGGCUUCUAAAUUUUCAGGUAACUUAA